UUGUAAAUCAAAUACUUGUAGAUGUACUCGUGUAUAAGCGGGUUAGAUUGUUCUUUACAAGAAAAAAUAUUUCUUAUGCAAAUGUAUCCUUUAUUCGAAAGCAUGAUUUUAUUGUUAAGUUCAUAAUUUUUUCAGAAUUAUGAAUGAAAGCCACUUGUAACCAGUAACAAGCGGGUUACAUGUUACAAAUCAUUAGGGAAACAAAGUUUAUGUUACUCCAACUUGUUCUCGCAAUUUCAUCAGCUAUAUUUUGUUUACAUUUAGCAAAUUUUAUUGAAUUGUUAAACAUAUUGUCAAAAUUGUAACCAUUUUUAUAUUACAAAUGAGUCAUUUCUUAGUUUUUAAAAAAUAAUUUUGCUUUUCUUAGUGCAGAAAUGAAGACUAUUACCUUUAUAUUUGCGUGGCUUGGCACUAUGUCUUUGUGUAGAGCAGAUCAACGCCCAGGUUGUGCAUCAACUAAUCCGUAUAAUGUGUUACUAAAUUACUAUUGCAAGACCAUAGAGUCGGGGGGAGACUACAUAGGAACUAUUGCUCGGACCGUGUCUGGUCGGACUUGUCAGAGAUGGGAGGUGCAAUUCCCCCAUAAACACGAGUUCGGGGAAGAACUUCCUGGCUCCGCAGCGGCGCACCGGAACUACUGCCGUAACCCUGGCAACAAGAUGGCCGGUGGUCCUUGGUGUUUUACCACUGAUCCCUCUAUGGAGUGGGAGUACUGCGAAAUUCCAAUGUGUCAAUAUGAUUGUUUAUACACUAAGAAAGGGAGAGAAUACAUUGGAAGGAACUCCACCACAAAGUCAGGGAGAGAGUGUCAGCGCUGGGACAGCGUACAGCCCCACAAGAUCCCCUCUGUCCUCACCAGUCGGAUCAGCGGCCCUUCCUCAUGUCACGAGAACUUCUGUCGAAACCAUGGCAACGCCGCCAGACCAUGGUGCUACACAACGGACCCGGAAGUUGAAAUGGAAUUUUGCGAUAUUGAUCCCUGUGUUGAAAAGUAGCAAACUUAUCAAGUUUUAUUUUUUUUAAAAUAAUUUUAAUAUGGUCUUUUUGUGACAAUGAUUGAUUAAAAAAUGACAUAAAACUGAGUAAAUAUUUCAUUUUAAUUCUGAAAAUAAAUCACAUCCUAAUUUUCAUAAAUGCAUGAUUAUAUUUUUUAAAUGUAGUCUUUCAU